CUCACAACCCGGCCGGCAGCAAAACCAUGGAAGGAAGCGGGCCGCCAUUCCGAGCGAUCCGGCCGAGCAAAGCUGCCAUACCAUACCUCAUUACUAGUGAAGUCAGGGAGGCCUUCUUACAUGUCCCAGUCAAGCGGCGAGGCUCGCCCACAUCCUUACACUACUGUCGUUGCUGCUCAUUUCUUGUGGAGUCGGGAGCGUCCGCUGCUCCUCCUCAACAACGACAGUCCAUGACAACAACACGGACAUAUGAUGUCGCUGCUAGAUUUCAAGCGGGCCGUCACCAACGACCCAGCACAAGCCUUGAGAUCUUGGCACGUCGGCCUCCCCCUUUGCAGCUGGAACGGCGUCAUCUGCAGCGGCCCGAAGCACCCGGGGCGAGUCAUGGAGCUGAACCUUGACGAACUAGCAUUAUCGGGCCCGAUUUCACCGUCCCUCAGGAAUCUAACAUUCCUUAGGAUACUGGAACUGUACGGAAAUAGCUUCACCGGCGAGAUACCUCCUUUCAAUGGUCUCGAAAGAUUGGAGGACCUUAACUUGGGGUACAACUCACUGCGAGGGAUCAUUCCGGAUACUCUCACAAACUGCUCCAAUCUAUGGUACCUAUCCAUGUCCCGCAACUUACUAAUAGGAGAAGUUCCCAGCGGUAUAGGCCGCCUAUCUAAUCUAGUGUCGUUGGAUCUUGGAGAAAACAAUCUCACCGGAGAAAUCCCAUCAAGCCUAAAAAACAUCAGUCACCUUGAAUACAUCUUGCUUGCUGAUAAUAAGCUCACCGGAACCAUUCCUGAUGAGUUGGGAAAACUCCCAAAUCUUUCUAUGUUAGUCCUUGCUUCAAAUAGGCUAUCAGGUGAAAUCCCGGAAACCCUGUAUAAAUACAAUCUGUCUUCUCUCAGAUAUCUAUUCUUAGAUUCCAAUAUGCUUGGGAAAACACUGCCAUCUAACUUUGGUGAUACCCUCCUAAAUCUUGAACAACUCACAUUGAAGGAUAACAAUUUUGAAGGUCAUCUCCCAGCGUCACUGGGCAAUAUUUCAAGGUUAGACUGGUUAGACUUGUCGUUCAACAAUUUCAUUGGUCAAGUUCCAAGUUCUUUUGGUAAUCUUGGGCGGUUACAAUACCUAAACCUUCAGCAAAACAAUUUGUUGGGCUUCAUCCCAGGAGAGCUGGGUGGCUUGCAAUACCUCACCAAUCUGUAUCUGUCCGAUAAUAAUCUGGAAGGUGGAGUACCAUGAAACAGAUUCUUUGUCAGAAAAAAGCGGGGCAAGAGCCUUUAUUUGUAUCUGCUCCCAUGUCCUACUAUCUUUCGGACAAAAGAUAUGCAUUAUGUACUACCUGAUCA